AUGAAGAAGCAAAAAAUUGUCGAAAUUGAUUUGGAGGAUGACAUUGUUGAAGAUAGUAGUAAACUACAUGAAGAAGUUGAUUCAGAUAACAUGUCACACUCUCCAACUGAAAGUGAUAAAUUUGAAGAAUAUGUCAAGCCCAAGAACAGAAGUAUCAUUUAUGAUCCACAGUUUAUAAGGAGUGAGAAAAAGAAGAUUGAUGCAAGAUGUGAUAUGGGUUGUAGUUGGAGAUUAUAUGCUAGUGAGGUGCAAAAUGAGUAUACUUUUGUCACCAAAACAAUGGUCAAAGAGUAUAAAUGCUUUAGAGCACUUAGAAAUAGACAAGCAAACUCUGAGUGGAUAGCUAAAGAGUUUUUGGAAAAGAUUAAGAUGAAUCCACAUUUGGAGGUGAAAGAAAUGAAUGAAUAUUUGAAAGACAAGUAUGCCUUAUCAAUUACUAGAAAUCAAUUGUAUAAAGAGAAAUGGAAGGCAUUACAUAUACUGAGAGGUUUCCUAAAGGAUCACUAUCAGAAGCUUAGGCCAUACAAAGCUGAACUAAUGAAGAAUGAUAGAGAAGGCGCUAUUGUGGAGGUUGAGAGAGAGAAAACUUGGAUGUGGUUCCUAAGUAUCUUUUUUGAAGAGUUAAAUAUCAAUGAUGGCACUGGAUGGACCUUUAUUAGUGAUCAACAAGAGGGUCUAAGUAAUGCAAUUGCUUCUUUGACCCCACGGGAUGAGCAUAGGAAUUCUUUUGAUAGUAACAUGAAGCAAUUAAAGGAUGAGUCAGUUGCUGCAUAUGAUGAUUUCAUGGCUAGAGAUCCUUACAGAUUUUGUAAAGCAUUCAUAAAGACCAAGACAAGCACAAACACAGUUGACAACAACAUUUGUGAGAAAUGUAGUUGUAGGGAAUGGGACUUAACUGAUAUUCCAUGUAAUCAUGCUUGUGCAUGUGUGAAUUACAUGAGGGAAGAUCCUGUUAAGUAUAUUGAUAAGUGUUAUUACAAAGCCACAUACAUUGAAACUUAUAAAUAUGCAUUGAAACCUUUAAAUGGUCUAAAUAUGUGGUCUGCUGUGGAGGGAUGGCCAAUACAUCCUCCACCUAUAAAAAAGAACCCUGGAAGACCAAAGAAACUUAGGAAGAAGGAUUUGUCAGAAUCAAGCAGUGGAAAGGGUCCUAGAUUUUCGCAAUUCAGGAGUGGUGUGAGGAUGAAAUGUCAAAAUUAUAAUACAUAUGGACACAACAGGAGGACAUGUAAAAGUGUUAUUCCACCAGUUAUCAAUAAUAUAAUGGUGAGAAAUGGGUAUAGUAUCAGAAUUUUUGAGGAAAUUGAGAAUAUGUAUCUCAGGGGAACAAGUGUGACACCAAAAGCUGGAACAAGUAGAAGUGGUGGAAAAGAUUCAAAAGGCACAAGAGGUUCAAGAGGUGCAAAGGCUGGUACAAUGGAUGACAGAGAUGCACAUGAAGAUAUAGUUCCUGAACAUGCUAACAUAUACAGUUAG